GCUGGGUGUUGUCUUUGCAUAUAACUAAACUAACCAAAGCCAUAUAAAGUCACAUUGCUGUCUUAUAAGUUGGAAUGUUUCCAUAUUUGCAAGCAGAUUAUAAAAAAAGUAUGAUCCAGAACUAAAAAUUUCCUUGUUCUAUUCACUUCAUAUAAUACGAAGGCAACAUUUUACAAUGCGACAAUUUGCUACGUUCGUAGUGUCAUUUUCCUUAAUCUUUAUACUAGUACAUGCUGUACCCACUCAGGACAAGGACCUGUCAAUUGUCCACGUGAGCUCUGAUUCUGUUAAAGCAAAACUUACAUUAUAUGACGAGACUCCUAUGCAUGGGUCAUUUCCGAAGGAUCCUAUGCACAUCAACAAUGAUGUUAUUUCUACAAAAGUAACAGGAUCAAGAUUAGACGCUAGCCAAUUUGAAGCACUUAUUACAGGACUCAGUACUCUACUUGAGACUUCCCAAGAGCGGUACGGAGAAAUUUCUGAAUCGGAUCGAUACAGUAUCGUCAAAUCCAUUGUCGAACACUUACCAGGCAUAUCUCCAGAACAACUCGAUGAGGUGGACUACAUGAUUGACAAUGUCAUAACACAAUACAAUAAGCCUGAGACUAUAUUACCGAUGAAAUUUGUGAAACCAUCCACUGUAUUAGAAAAGCGGUUUGCUGAAGGAUAUCCUAAUAAUGAAGAAUGCUGGGGGUAUGAAACGGACUGUGUCACUCCUGAGUUUUUCAAUGAAGAGUAUCAAUGGCCGAAAAACGAUAAGCGCUCUUUUCCAGAUACAUCCCGACAAAAUUUUAUACAGGUCCUGAAUAUCAACAAUGCAAGAAUUAUCAAGAAUACCAGAAAUAAUGUAAAUCUUAUGGCAAACAAUCUUAGACAAAUUGCCCCCAUCAAAGGUAUUGAAGAGAAGACGACUGACUUAAGAUUGAUUCUAAAAAGUUCCCAAUAUGCGGCUAGAGAGGCGCUCCAAAAUCCUCAAUUUCUCAGCAAAUUUAAAUCGGGAAUACUAUCACAAAAUAGAGCAUUAAAAAAUAUCGAUGCUGUGUAUACACAGAUAGUUCACAUCAUACAAAGUUUAAUUAAUGUAAACAAUGAAGGUAUAAUGGAAGAACUUGCUCAGGUGCGUGCUGAGAUAUUGAACGAUGCAAGCCAAAAUGAUGAUAUGCUUGCCCGCACAAUUUUUAAAACAUUUCUGGAUCUUAUCAUCUCAUCAGUAAGAUCCUCAUACAAUGAAGAAAUCGUAAUCUUUAACGGCCGUCAUUAUUUGAAUAAUAAUGAAAACCCACAUCCAAGUUCAGAUAAAGAAGAUGCUAUCGAAAUCCAAACUAACCUUCAAACAGAUUGUCUGGUACAGGCUCAUAACUACGAGCAAAGAUAA